AGCGUAAACCAUUACUUUGCGCCCGCGGAGAUCGAUAGCAAAAACCUCGUUCGCACAACGAUGGCGUCGUAUCUGGAAGAUUUGUUCGAUAAACUGCUCAGCAGUUCGGCACUGGUCAAUUAUUGGAACUACAUCUUUCCCGUGCUGGUGGGUCUUUACCUGGCCAUUUCGCUGUACGAUAAGCAUCGGUAUGGAAGCAAGAAGAAAAUCCGCAUCCUUCCAAACGAGGUUUCAUCGGAUGGCAAGGAAGCGAAGCUGGACGGUAUCGAGUAUGUGGGAGAACUAGAACCGCACGACGAAGAGUUCGAUCCGCUGCCAGCAUUGGCAGAGAAACCGCACAUCUCUUACGGCGGAGCCACCGUGACAUUGGCCGACGAUCCUUGCGAAGCUGCUGAACGGUUUUACGCAAUCGUAAACGAUCGUCGUAGUGUACGCAAGUUUAGCCAACGCCCCGUUGAUCGGAAGGUCGUGGAGCGGUGCAUUUUAGCGGCGGGGACUGGACCGAGCGGAGCGCACACGGAACCGUGGACUUUCUGUCUGGUAUCGGACCGGUCGAUGAAGGACAGUGUGCGAGAAAUUAUCGAAUCGGAAGAGCUAAUCAACUACACGCAGCGAAUGGCCAAGCAGUGGGUCACGGAUCUGCGGCCAAUUAAAACAAACCACAUUAAGGAAUACCUCACGGAUGCUCCGUUCCUGAUACUGGUGUUCAAGCAGACGUAUGGCUACAAGGAAGACGGCACAAGGAAGCAGCAUUAUUACAACGAAAUAUCGACCUCGAUCGCUACCGGCAUUCUGCUGUGUGCUCUCCAGAGCGCCGGGUUGAGCUCUCUUAUCACCACACCCCUUAACUGUGGGCCAGCCCUUCGCAAUCUGCUCGAGCGGCCACCCAACGAAAAGCUCCUUGUCCUCCUACCGGUCGGAUACCCGGCGGAAGAUUGCACGGUCCCAGAUUUGCACCGUAAACCGCUGGACGCUAUCAUUGCGCGUUACUGAGCAUGGAAAGAGAUUAACCCGCGGAGAUUCUGCGCCGAAAACGGGUCGGCUUUUGAUAAAUGAACGCUAUUAACACGUGCUAUAUUUGGUGCGGGGAGGUGAUAUAAUGUCUCAUACAUAACAGGGGAUCAGUUAAUAUUCUUAUCAAUACGUAGAUAACAGAGUCUAUUUUAAAAACAAUAAACGAUGAAGAAAGUGGCAAAAACAUGUGCAGAAAUGAACAAAAAAAGAAGUUCUAUCGAGCGCGACCGUGACAGGACUCGAACCUGCAAUCUUCGGAUCCGAAGUCCGACGCCUUCUCCAUUAGGCCACACGGCCGGUGUGAAGACUGGAUGCUAAAAUGUAAUUAUAUAUUCUGUGUUCUUUUAAGUCUUAGAUUCACAAUGCUACAAU